AUGAUACAAGCAGCUAAAAUUAUAGGGACAGGUUUAGCUACUACUGGUUUAAUUGGUGCAGGUGUAGGAAUUGGGGUUGUUUUUGCGGCAUUAAUAUUAGGAGUAGCUAGAAAUCCUUCGUUAAGAGGUCAAUUAUUUUCUUACGCUAUAUUAGGUUUUGCUUUUGCUGAAGCAACUGGUUUAUUUGCCCUUAUGAUGGCUUUUUUAUUAUUUUCUUCAUCUAAUUCUUUAUCUAGUUCUUCAUCUAAUUCUUCAUCUAGUCAGGAAGCAAGUGCACACGAAAACGAGGGAGUAAGCGAUAACGAAAAUAGAGAAGUAAGUGACAACGAAAGUGGAUAUAGUUCAGAUUCUAAUCGCUCAGCAGUAUCGGAAUCCCGAGACGACUAUGCUCUUAAUCAUAUGCCUACUCAGGAUGUGCCUGAGGAUGUGCUUCCUCGGUUUGUUAGCACGAUGGAGUUAGUUGCUCGGGAAUCAGAGGGCGACCCUGAUAUAGGGCAAUUGCAUGCGAAUCGUUACCAAGCCUUAAAAACAGAAAUGGAUUCGCGUAUAGAAGCAGGUAUUAUGCCUAGACCUAAUGUAGGACAAGUAAAUAUUUCUUCAGAAAGUGGUGGUCCAGAGACUUCUUCUGGUGGUAGUGCCGAAAAUAAAGUAGGUACUGAGACUUCUUCAGGCGGAGGUACUAAUAAUGUAGGCACUUCCUCUCUUUCUUCCUUUUAUUCAAGUAAUAAAAGGAAAAAUGACGAAACAGAAGAAGAAUAUAGUGGCCAACCUUCAAAAAAAUUCCAACAAGAUUCCAGUGACAUUAGGAGUGAUACAGAACCAUACGAUUUCACAGGUGGGGAUGAGUAA